AUGGCACCGAAAACCAGUGGAAAGGCCGCCAAAAAGUCCGGAAAGGCGCAGAAAGUCAUCGUCAAGGGAGAAAAGAAGAAGAGGAGACAGCGCAGGAAAGAAAGCUAUACCAUCUACAUCUACAAGGUGUUGAAGCAGGUCCACCCGGACACCGGAGUCUCGUCGAAGGCCAUGAGCAUCAUGAACAGCUUCGUCAAUGACAUCUUCCAACGUAUUGCUGCUGAGUCGUCCCGUCUGGCUCAAUACAACAAACGUGCUGCCAAGCACGCUGUCUCUGAAGGAACCAAGGCCGUCACCAAGUACACUAGCUCCAAGUAAAUUCGUACCAUCCAAACAAUCAAUCGGCCCUUUUCAGGGCCACAAAUCGAUUUCCAACGUGAAAGAGGUUUUGAUGAUUUAUUGCACUUUUAAAUGUUCGAAAGCAGCGUUAGCAAAGUUCGCGAUAAGAAAUCAGUUGAUUUGCCUUAUGAAAAUAAUGUUGACAAAAAGAAUAAGAGGUUGCAUCCAUGACACGACCGUACGGUUUUGACGUAGGACGUCUGUGAUUUCUACAUGGGGGUACACAUUGUGAAAACCGAAUAUGGAACAUGAAUUAAUUGUGACACGCUUGG